AUGGCCGGCGCGCAAGGCCCGCAGGCCACGCCCACGCCGGGGGAGGGGCCUCCAGGCCCCGCCCACCGGAAGGCCCGGUCGCCCCGCCCACCCGGAAGAGGCCGGCCAGAGUUCGCCGCGGCGCGGGGGGCGGGGCCGCGCCUCGGGGCUCCACCAGAGCCUCGCUCCCGGGUCGAGGGGCGGGAACGCGGGGAGCAGCGGGGCACCCGGGAAGGAGGCCGACCCUCCACCCCGCAUCCACCGGCCGAAGAGGGGACGCAGAGCUGGUAUGGGACGCUCCCUCCAGCCGGCGACACAAUAAGGGCGGGCGGUGUUGGACCGCGCAAGCGCGCGAGCCGCCGGGGCCGCUGGGAGUGGUGGUCCGACCGCCAGAUGAGCGGGCUAGGGGAGUGCGAGGGGCUGGCGGCGGGAGACAGGUUGCCCGCGGGGCUGGCGGCGGGGCUGCUGCUGCGGGCUCGGCUCCGGCCGUCUGGGGCGGGGCCUCCUGCCGCCCUGCGGCCCCCCCGCCCCAGUGGGAGUAUGGUGCCGCCCGACGCCGCUCUGCCUGCAAGUGCGAAACUCCUAUGUUUGAAACUGGUAUUUGGGUUUUCCACGUUGGACAAGUGCGGCGCGGCGGGCGGCGCGCGCCCCUUCCCGCGCUCGCUCGGCCCCGGCCCCGGCCCCGGCGCCGGGGUGCGCGCCCGCACGCCCGCCCGUGCCCGCCCCGCGCCCGAGGCCGCCGAGCGCCGGCCCGGCCCGCCAGGAGCCGGUCCCCGGGCCCAGGCGGCGCGGCUCGCAGAUGUAGCGGCGCGGGGCCGCGCCGGGCUCCGAGGGGGCGGGGGCCGGAGGAAGCGGAAAGCCGCGCGGAGUCGCCGGGGACCGCGGUGA